AUGCGGAGCAGUGUCGGCAGGACCUUACACGCCUCAAAGUGGACACCGCGCCGAGGGUACCUCCAUCGAGGCCCCAGCGCUGAUGGCUCCAGCCAUGCUCUGAGUCAGGAGGACGACUUGGUCUUUCUCAACAUUUACAACUUGGGCAAAAGCAAUGCGGUGCAGAGUCUGAAUGGUUUGUUCAAGACUGUGGGCAUUGGAGCCUUCCACUGUGCCAUACAGGUCUUUGGCACAGAGUGGAGUUACGGCGGCUGGCCUGAGGAGAGUCCUUGCGACCCGAAUGACACUGGAGUUUGGAGCUGCCUUCCGAGAAUGUCUGUUUCCCACACUUUCCAAGAGGCCGUACUCAUGGGGAGCUUGAGCAUCUCUGAAGAAGAGACGGUGGAGUUAAUCUGCAGUUUGAUGCAGGAAUGGCCAAUGUCCGAGUACGAUAUCCUCAACAAAAACUGUUGCCACUUCUGUGAGGAGCUGUGUGAGCUUCUGGGUGUUGGGCCUCUGCCAAGCAGAGUUAAAAAGCUAGCUGGACUCGGGUCCACGCUGAACGAGAGCGCUUCCAUGAUGGCCGAGGCUGCUUCCAAAGUUAAAGCUGACAUUGUAGGUGUUGGUGUCGUAGCUUCGAGCCUCGUU